GGCUGUCUCAGUCAGCGCUGUGUCUCCUGCACUGCCCAGCAAAGGGCCAAACGUAAAGUGGGAGCCGAGCAUAGAUUUGGUGGAAAACAAAGGAACCCCGCUCUGUCCAGGAGGGCCCAGGAGGUAUCUGCCCCUGUGGUGCCCCCGUUGUGCACUAGAGAUGCGCCACCUCCGGGUGGAAGCAACUCCACUUUCAGGGCGCACGACUUGAUGGAUGGAGCCGGGGCUGGGUUUCAGCCCGCGCUCGCCCGGCAGCCACGCGCCCUUCGCAGAGUGUCGGGCGACUCCUGGGUCCGCGAGGGGACAGGCGAGUUUGGAUUCUCUGUAACGCCGGGAGCCGAGCCGAGCCGAGCCGCGCCGCCCGGGAAGAAGAGCGCGGAGUGGAAGGACGGGAGGGCCAGCCCCAUCCCUCCCAUCCCGUAGGUCUCCCGGACUUGGAAAGCUCUGGACUCCACCCUCCCGGUACUACCACCUGGCGGUUGGGCGUGCCUCAGUUUCCCGGAGGCGGGACGUUCCUCCACCCCCGCCCCUCCCCUUCUCCCUCCACUUCCUCUUUGGGGCGCGGGUGGCCGCGGCUCAAGCACUCCCGGAACUGAAGCCAGGUGCCCGGCGCCCGGGAGGCGGGGGCCACGUCAGCGGGGCGGCCGGGGGCCAGGCGGGGAGCGGGUCCCGCGGGCACCAUGAAGCGCGGCGCGCUCCUGGCGGGCUCCCUGCUCGCCUACGCCGCGUACCUGGUGCUGGGCGCGCUGCUGGUGGCGCGGCUGGAGAGGCCGCACGAGGCUCAGCUCCGGGCCGAGCUGGGGACGCUGCGGGCACAGCUGCUGCUGCGCAGCCCGUGCGUGACCGCUCCCGCCCUGGACGCCUUCGUGGAGCGGGUGCUGGCGGCCGGACGGCUGGGGCGCGCGGUGCUCGCCAACGCGUCGGGUACCGCCAACGCCUCGGACCCCUCCUGGGACUUCGCCUCGGCGCUCUUCUUCGCCAGCACCCUGGUCACCACCGUGGGCUAUGGCUAUACAACGCCACUGACCGAUGCGGGCAAGGCCUUCUCUAUUGCCUUUGCCUUCCUGGGUGUGCCGGCCACCAUGCUGCUGCUGACCGCCUCGGCCCAGCGCCUGUCGCUGCUGCUGACCCACGUGCCCUUGUCCUGGCUGACCGUGCGUUGGGGCUGGGACCCCCGGCAGGCAGCCCGGUGGCACCUGGUGGCUCUGCUGGGAGUCGUGGUGACCACCUGCUUCGUGGUGCCAGCGGCAGUCUUUGCCUAUCUCGAGGAGGCUUGGAGCUUCCUGGAUGCUUUCUACUUCUGCUUCAUCUCCCUAUCCACCAUUGGCCUGGGUGACUAUGUGCCCGGAGAGGCCCCUGGGCAGCCCUACCGGGCCCUCUACAAGACGCUGGUCACAGGUGAGCAGGGUGGCCGGCCGGGGACAUGCAGGGGAAGAGGGAGGGCCUGCCCUGGGGGUCUGAGCCCAAGUCCACCCAUCCCCCUCUGCCGUCUCUCAGCCUACCUCUUCCUGGGCCUGGUGGCCAUGGUGCUGGUGCUGCAGACUUUCCGCCAUGUGUCAGACCUGCACGGCCUCACUGAGCUCAUCCUGCUGCCCACCCCCUGCCCUGCUGGCUCCAACGAAGAUGAGGACGAUCAGGUAGACAUUCUGGACCCCCAGCUGGAGCCGCACCAACAACUCACUGCCAGCUGCCACACUGACUACGCCUCCAUCCCCAGGUAGCUGGGGCAGGUGCCCUGGGCUAAAUGGAACUGGCCUGGGGCCGAGGUGCCCACAGGACUGGAGCUGAUGGUAUAAGAGUGGCCACGUGCACAUACAGGUGCUUGUGGGGCACUGCACCUGGCUGGGAUGCAAGGGUCCGGCAGGCCCCAUUUCCACAUCCUGGGUGCCACCAAGCACCUGACAUUGUCUUGCUUCCCCUUUCUCUCAUUUUCCCUCCCACUCUGGGUCUCGUGGGUCCUCUGGUUUUCCCACUGCCUUUCUGUUUCUCAUUCUCUUACACCCAGCCUCUCUCACUCAGCUGAUGACCAGCUGCCGACUCACCAGGCUCUGGGAUCAGACCUCAUUUCAGGUCCUAGGUCUGUCACUACCCUGUGGGCAAGUGACUGCCCCUCUCUGAGUCUUGAUUUCUUCAUCUGUCAAAUGGGAAGAAUAUAUUCACUCACCCCAAACCCCCUCCUUUGUGGGACACAGCAGUGGUCGGGAUGGCCCCGGAUCCUGCUCUCAGGGGACUUGCGGUCCAGUGUGGAAAACAGACCCACCUCCCAGCCAGUGACAGCCCAGAAUACUCAGGGCUGCAGUGGGGGAAACGCGAGGCAGAGGGGUCAGAGCAGGGACAGGGUUGGCACAGGGAAUGUGCCUGGUCCAGUUUGGAAGCUCCGGGAAAUCUUCCCGGAGGAAGGGACAACUAAACCAAGGCUUGAAACAUGAGUAGCCAGGAGAAGCUGCACCUGACUAAUUCUUCCCGGGUAUCUCCAAGGAGCAAGACUCUGUGUGGAGAGCCCCGGCAUAAGCCUGGGGUGACAGGAUCUUCAUCAUCAGCUGGCAGGCAGGAAACUGAGGCAGGAUUCCAGCCCAGAUCCGAGCGGUAUGGAAGCCAGGACCACUGUAAGAGCCGCCCUCAUUUGCUAAGGACUAACUGCAUACCGUGCAUCCGGGUGCAAAUCCCAGCUCAGCUGCUUCCUGGCUGUGUCCUUGGGCAGUCACUUUACUCCUGUGAUUCUCAAGCUUCCUUAUCUGUAAAAUGGCAAUAUUAAUAGUAUCUACUUCUAAAGAUGAUUUCACAGAGUCUGGCAUGUUAUUCUGGGCUGCUUCCUUUGGCCAGGACCUGUUCUGGAUAAUUUACUUACGAGGAAAAUAAUAUUAUUAUCCUCUUUGCACAGAUAUGGAAACUGAGGCACAGGGAGGGGAGGUCCCUUGUCUUAGCCACAGAGCUAGGAAGUGACUGACCUUAUGUUUCACUCCCUCCGUCAGUAAUGGGAGUCAUCGCCAAUGGCCCAGCCACCGAGCUCUCACUCUGAACCAAGCCCUACAUAGGUUACAGAAGGGAUGGGCAUUUGAGCUAGGCCUUGAUAGAUCAGUAGACUGUGGGCAAAGAGAAAAGGCAAGGGGAGUACAUUUUGGACAUCCUGGAGGUGUGAACGUGACAGGGACAUUAGCUACUGGCAAGCAGUUUUCUAUGACUGAAGCAUGGAGUGAAUGAGGGAAGGAGCAUGAAGUGACAUGGGUACAUACAUCUUUGGUGUCCUCAAAUGACAAGCUUGGGAAUGAGGCCUCUGUCCUGCAGCACUGGAGAGCCAUGGAAGGUUUUAGACAGGAGAGGGUCAUGGUUAGGUUUAGGCUUUAGGAAGACCCCCUUGACCAAUGUGUGUAGGGGACCAGAAGAGGAGGCUGAGGCCAGGGGAAGGCUGGGCAGGAACAAAGCAGGAGACAAUGGGCUGAAAAGGGGAGGAGCGGUGGGCAAGGUGGUACUCAAAAGGCCAAGUGGACAGACAUAGGCUUUAUAGUGUAGGGAAAGAAGGGGUGAGGCCAGGCCAGGGCCCAAGGGAUAGUCAGUUGGCCAACUGCCCCUGAGAUAGGGACCUGGGAGAAAGAACAAGUUUGGGGGGAGAUCCUGGGGCUAGUUUGGAACACAAGGGGAGGCAUCAGGAGGACAAAGGACUCCCAGGGUUGGGGCUCAGGGAUGGGUCAAGGCUGGAGACAGAGAUGAGGGAACUGAGGCCAUGGGCAUGGGGAUGGCAGCCAUGGGAGUUAAUGAAGAGAGAUCAGCCUUAGGGUAUUUAUAUCAGAAAAUAUUUGGACUGCAAGUAACAAAACUCCAACUCGCACUGGCUAAAACAAUGAGAUAAUAUAUAUUCUCCAGGAAGUCCAGAGUUGGGGAGGGCUCCAGGAAUGAUACAAUCCACAGCUUUGAGAGGGCCUUGUGGUCCCAGGUUCCCUCUGUCUCUGCUCUAUCAUCCUCAGCUGAAGUAUUAGCCCCCAAGUGGGCUCCCCUCAUGGCCUUAGAGUGGCUGCUGCAAGUCCAGGCAUCACAACCAGACCUGUCAAUUUCUAGUGCAAGAAGAGAGAGGCAUCUCUUCCCACGUGUGUCUCUUUGGAAGCAAGGAAACCUUCCCAAAGCCUCCCAGCAGACUUCCUUUCCCAUCUCACUAGUCCAAAUUGGCUCAUAUGCCCAUUCCAGAACCAAUCAUUGGCCAGAAUGAUGAGGCACCAUGAUUAGCUUGGACUCCUCAGGAUCCCCUUGCCCCCUAAAACUGAGGUUGGGGUUUCUGUUUGGAGGCUGCUGAAUAUAUAAGUGGGUUACUAUUAGAAUGGUAGGAGGUUGGGAGAAUGGACAUUGAUUAAUCAGUGAAGACCAUCUCAUGUACGAUUGUGCAGGACCUACAUGAAGGAUGUCUGGCCAGCUGGGUGGCAACAAAUAAGGACUGAAGUUCAAGGACAAAUUCAUAUGCUAACAGGGGGUGUCUUUUUCUAAUUAACAUAAAGGCCCCUUAUGCUAAGCACUGGCCCUGCCUCAUCAAAGAAGAGCUUACAAAAGAGACAGAAAAAGAGUGCCAGAGAGGAGUAGGAAAACCGGGAGGAUGGGGAGUAUUGGUAAGAGAAGAGAGAAUUUUAAGGAGGAAGAACUCAACAUCGUCAAAUCAUUCUAAAAUGUCACAAGAGCUCAUCUAUCGAGCAGUGUUGUCCAACACUCAUAUAGGAUUUACUAUGGGCUAGGCACUGUCCUAAGCCCUUGAUACAGAAUAAGUGGCCCUCUCAAAAACCCCAUGAGUUGAGCGAAUACUCCACAUUUUACAGAUAAGGAAAAGAGGCCGAGGGAGGUUGAAUAACUUGCCAAAGGUCACUCAGAAAGUGCAAAGCUGAGAUUUGAACAUGGUUUUGGUUGGUCACCCUGUCCCACAGAAGCUCAACAACACCCACCCGUCUUGCUCCUUCUCAGCCCCCAACCUUCUAGGCUCCUCACCAAGGUCACUGUUGGCUGCCUCAUUGCAUCAGGGUGGGGAGGCAGUUGCUUCUCCCCCAUCUCAUACUCCAGAGAGAUGCUUGUGUGAUUUUGGGCUUCUGCUCAUCUCAUCACUUCUCUUUUCAACUUCUUCUAGAAAGACACCAGGCCCUGUUCAGUUCAAGAUUUAAAAAAAAAAAAGAGUUCAUGCUAAAAAAUUCAACGAAACAAAAGAGUGUACACUGGAAAGUAAAUUUUUCUCCCAUACUCAGACUACAUAGAUUUAUUUCCCAGGUCUUCUUCCAGGCAUAUUCUGUGCAUGUGCCAGCAAUAUAUAUGUGUGUCAUUCAUUUAUUCAUUCAUUCAUUCAUUUUUGCUCUACACAAACAGUACCUAGUGUGGUGAAGUAGUUACAAUUAAAGACUAGAGGUAAAGUUCCUGGACAUAAAUCUGAACUCUUCCUCCCAAACCCUAUGGCUCUGGACAAGUGAGUUCAUCUUCCUGUGCCUCCGUCUGCUACUUGGUGAAGUGGGAUAACAGGACCUACCUCAUGGGCUUGUUUGAGAAUUAAACUUAUUUUUUUUUGCCAACA